ACAGUCAGAAAGAGCUUGCACUCCAACGCAACGUUCAGUAAGGCACAGACGCUCAGUCUCUCUCCUCCGCUCUCUUUUGGAACAUUUGGUGGAGCAAACAAAAAAUAAGCAGCCAUGGAUGCCAUCAAGAAGAAGAUGCAGAUGCUUAAGCUCGACAAGGAGAAUGCCUUGGACAGAGCUGAGGGAGCCGAGGGAGACAAGAAGGCAGCAGAGGACAAGAGCAAACAGUUAGAGGAUGAAAUAAGUGAAUUGGAAAAGAAAUUGCGGAUCACCGAAGAUGAGAGAGAUAAAGUAGUUGAUGAAUUCCAAGCCGCCGAGGAAAAGAUGCUGAGCGCCGAGGAGGUGGCCACCAAGCUCGAGGAUGACUUGGUAGCUCUGCAGAAGAAGCUGAAGGGAACAGAGGAUGAGUUGGACAAGUACUCUGAGUCUCUUAAGGAUGCCCAGGAGAAACUUGAGCUGGCUGAGAAGAAAGCCACCGAUGCUGAGGCCGAUGUCGCUUCCCUUAACAGACGUAUCCAGCUGGUUGAGGAGGAGUUGGAUCGUGCUCAGGAGCGUCUGGCAACUGCCCUGACCAAGCUGGAGGAGGCUGAGAAGUCUGCUGAUGAGUCUGAGCGAGGCAUGAAGGUAAUUGAGAACAGAGCCUCCAAGGAUGAGGAGAAGAUGGAGCUGCAGGAGAUCCAGCUGAAGGAGGCCAAGCACAUCGCUGAGGAGGCUGACCGCAAAUACGAGGAGGUUGCCCGUAAGCUGGUCAUCAUUGAGAGUGAUCUGGAGCGUUCAGAGGAGCGCGCUGAGCUUUCAGAAGGCAAAUGCUCUGAGCUUGAAGAAGAGUUGAAAACUGUGACCAACAACCUGAAGUCACUGGAGGCCCAGUCUGAGAAGUAUUCGCAUAAGGAGGACAAGUAUGAGGAGGAGAUGAAGGUCCUCACCGACAAGUUGAAGGAGGCUGAGACUCGUGCUGAGUUUGCUGAGAGAUCAGUAGCCAAGCUUGAGAAGACCAUUGAUGACUUGGAAGAGAAACUGGCACAUGCUAAAGAAGAGAACCUUGAUAUGCACCAGAUGCUGGACCAGACUCUAAUGGAACUAAAUAACAUGUGAAAGCCUGGUUUACCUACUAUGGUUUGGGCUUUUUGUAUUUGCACCUUGCUUGCCAUGAGCCCUCAUUCCAUUCCAUGCCCAUGGUGAGGAACACGUAACCAGAUGCUUUUCCUUUUGCACCAUCCUGCUUUAAGUGGAACUCAACGAGGGAGCAGAACUAAGGGAAAGGUACAACAUUUCCUUAAUGAAGCCCACAAUGAGAAACACUUAUUUUUGCCAGCUGAUUUAUAAUGAUGUCAGCAUUUUGUAAUCAUUGACAUUAGUUAUCAGGUGAAAUGACGUGUCAUUUGCUACAAAGGUUGUUUUUGGGUCAUUCCACCAAUUCAGUGCCUUUUGAGAUGUGUAACUUGGUGGGGGGAAAAACAUUUAAUUUCACCAAAUUUUAACAUUCUGUCAUAAAGAACAUAUGUUCAACUUAAUGAAAAAUAUGUUUUCUCAUCUUAAGGUUAAAUAAAUAAAAAUGACAAAGUGCCAUAUAAAGUAACAGGGUUGACAAUUUCAUCGUAAAUCAGCCAUAAAUUCCCUUGUGACAGGGAAUGGAAGGUUGUUGUGUGCAACAGGGAGCGGCAAUUGAAUGCAAGCUUCACAAAUAAAAUGAAAUUCUUCAAA